CUUGCCCGUUCUUUCUCUGCGAGGACUUCAGCCGAGUCGGACGCGUGUAUUCAGUCGGGUGUGCGCAGACUUGGAACAUGAGCUCGCACAGUAAGGCGACUUGGUUUAGUGAAGGUAGCAGGCAGAAGAGUGAGGAGCAGGCUGGCCCUGACCUUCCUGGAGCCCUGUGGGAAUCUGGAGAAAGCAUGUGUUUGGGAACGCCAGGAAGCGGUCAGGGCCAAGGCGAGGGGGAGAGCGGGCGCUCAAGCCUAGAGGCCUUCAACUUACAGCUGGACUCAGGCUCUGGAUGCGAGUCCGAGUCUAAGCCGGGAAUGAUUCAGGUAGAAGCUCCCAGGCCUUGGGGCUGGAGCGUUGGACCACACCAGUCCACCCCUGAAAGGAAGGGCGCUGUAGAUUCUAUGUUCAGGUUUGCUACAGCGUAUGCAGCUGUGGUGCACAUGCUGACCGAUCCGAGUGUUGGAGCCCUGCGCAGAUUUCGGAGUGCAGAAAAUAGUGCCACUGAAGUGGCCACCGUUUUGGCACCCGUCGAGGAGGACCCCAGCGGUAGAGGUGCUGUGGGCAGGAGCUAUGCGGCAUCGCUGCCUGCUUCUGCUGCUCCUCCUCAUGUGAGUGCAUCUGAGGAAGCCCGCACCCGGGGCCUCAGGAAGAGAAGUGUCAGACGUCGCAUGAACAUCAGUACCAGUACACAUGGCACCUGCGGGACAAGCCUGUUGGGGCCAUCUUCUGAUGACCUUGGGAACCUGCAGGCGGUAAGGGUGAUUACACACAGACCAGUGGUGCCUUAUUGGCACAAACGUCGUGGAGAAUUCAGCAGAAUAUACCAAAACAUUCGAAAUCUUCAAGUUCCCCAAAACUCAAAACCUUUGUCCCUGAGCCAGGGAGGUAUCAUGACUAACCUGACACUAUCUGGUAGCUCCCUCAUAGGAAAUUGGGUGUUAAAAGAGCUGGCCUUAAGUUACACCAUCCUCUGA